AAGCGUGGUGGGUCUGUGAGCCCUCCCGAGCCGAGCCGUGCUCCGGUGGGAUCCCCGCCUGCCUGCCCGUGGGCUGUUUCCGACGCACCGGGGCCGGGGGCUGGAUCGUGCCUGGUCCUCUGAGCGAUGCCAGGGAGAAGAGCGGAGCUGCAGUUUGCGCUGUUGAGUGGAGAAUGGGGAAAACACGUGCCUCGGUGCUAUAUUCUGCUCCACCGUUACACGCUUGCCUGAGCCGCUGCAAGGUGCCACUUUCUGCUGCUUUUCUCCCCUUUGUUUUCUUUGGCAGCUCACGAAGCGCCCUAUCAAAGCAGCUUCAGGGGAGCUGCGCUGGCACGGCGACCUACCUCCAGACUGGUGCUGGUCUCAACGCGGCGAGGAGAAACCUGGACGGAAGUCGCUUUGAAAUUGUUUAGCCUCCCACGAAAACCACGGGGAGAGGGGACGGGAACAGUUUCAGAAAGACCGGGUUGGAGCUGAGGCCAGUAGCGGGCUUGAAAGAAAAUGAAAAAGGAGUGUGUUUCCAGAUCUUUCAAACUCAAACAAAACACAGGCUCCCUCUCGCGUGCCGUAAGCUGGAUAAAUUUCUCCUCCUUGUCAAGGCAGACAAAGAGAUUGUUUCGCAGCGAUGGUGAGCUCUCCUCCAUGUGCGUGCAGCAGGUAGACGAGGAUGACGAGAACUGGACCUACAGAAGCCAGCACAGAAAAGCUGUUUCCAACUUAGAUGAAGAGAGCAGAUGGACUGUCCAUUACACUGCUCCGUGGCACCAGCAGGAAAAUGUGUUCCUGCCUUCCUCAAGACCACCUUGUGUGGAGGACCUGCACCGACAAGCCAAGCUGAACCUCAAGUCAGUACUGAGAGAGUGUGACAAGCUGCGGAGGGAUGGCUACCGGAGCUCUCAGUAUUACUCUCAGGGCCCCACCUUUUCCUCAUCCUCCAGUGCAAUCUGUGGAAAUUACCAGGAUGAUUAUGAAGAAAUUGAACAAAAGUGUUCCGUCUCUUCCCCAGAAGAAGAAAAGCUUAUUACCAUCAAAAGGCCUAAAACCCCAGUUUCAAAUGAGUUAUCAGAUAUCAACACCCAAACCAACUGGACUAAGUCCCUGCCACUGCCAACGCCAGAAGAGAAGAUGCGACAGCAAGCACAGGCAGUCCAAACAGAUGUGGUUCCUAUCAAUGUGACUGCAGUUGGCACUGGCCAAAGCGAUUUCCGAGGGCAUUCGAUGUAUGUCCCAGACCACUGUUCCACGCUAGGGAGACUAGACAGCUAUCGCUCUGCUAUGCAGCGGUCUGAAACCAAGGACACCAGCUGCCAGACCGAGGAAGUUAAAGUUGUGCCCCCUUCAAUGAGAAGAAUACGAGCGCAGAAAGGACAAGGCAUUGCAGCCCAGAUGUCUCAGUUCUCCAGCUCAUCUGGAAACAUGUCAGUGAUGAGUGAUUCUGCCGCAGUUAUAUUUGCGUCUCGCCAAAAUAGUGACAUGGGUUUUCACAGCUUGCCUCGGGCUGGUGCAAGAGUGUCUAUGCAGUCCCUAGAACAGACACAGAGCAUCUCUAGGCAGACAGAAGACAUUGCUGGCACUUUACCCCACCAGAUAAGUAAACUGCAAGUGGAUGAUGGUGUUGUGCAUCUGAGGAAUAAUCCCACGACAGGGACUGUUUCGCGGCCAAAGUCGCAAGAGGUGAGAAGCUAUGACAGUGAAAAGUCCACGAGCCCAGCAUGCGUGGUCUCUCCUCAUGCCACCUACUCAACGAGCGUCAUUCCCAAUGCAACGCUGUCAUCUUCCUCAGAAGUUAUUGUUAUUCACACUGCCCAGAGUGCUGGCUCAUUGGAUAAUAAAAUGGGAGGCUCUGCUGUGUACCCAAAGCCGAGAGACAAUCCUGUUGCCAGCAAUGCAAUAAGCGGGAAAGAAGAUCACCAUUCUUCAAGUGGUAACUGGAGUGAGAGUAGCUCCACACGUCACUCGCAGACUUCAGAUACCAUCCCAUCUAACACUGUCAUGAUGCUCUCUCUUGGUGACUCUGCUGUCUCUCUCAGCACUCCUGGAAAUGCAGAGGCUGGAUCUCAGAGUGCGAACUACAGCUGCAGAAACAAUCUUGCUUUACCAAACCAGUCCCAGGACAGCGAUGGUAGGAGUGAAUCUAGCUAUUCAGGGGAGCGAACGCAAGCAGCGGUGAACAGCACAGAGCAUUGGCUGUACAAGUCUGCGGAAAAUAGCGAGACUUCUUCACGCAAGGUGGCUUGUACCACACCAGGCUGUGCCACUCCUGGUAGCAACCUGAGCAGCAGCAGCCUGGAGAGGACGUCGGCCAGAGAAGAUUCUACUUCUCUGUAUUCUGUGGAGCAGGAUGGUUAUUACAGCUCCAUGCCCGUGGACUCUGGGCUGAAGUCAGACAUGCCGUGCAAUAGCACCAAUGGUUUUGGGAACCCCAGAGACAGCGUGAUUAACGUCUUUGAAGGAAAGGAGAAGAAACAUCAGGAUGACCCGUCGGGCCAAGGUGACAAAUCCCUGGUGAGAAACAUCUCUCUAAAGAAGGCAAAGAAGCCACCUUUGCCACCAUCUAGAACAGACUCACUCAGAAGGGUACCCAAGAAAAAAGCCCAGUCCAACGGACAGGUACUUGAUGAAACCCUGAUUGCCACCCUCCAGCAUUCUCUGCAGUUGAAUCUCAAGUGCAAAAACGGCAGCUCCCCUUCCCAGAGCCCCUGCAGCGAUUACGAGGAUCCCUGGGUGCUGCGCUCUCGCAGCCAAAGCUCGGUCAGUGCAAGCAGCAGCAUGAUGUCCACCACCGCUCCAAACCUGUACUCCAUCUGCACCGUCACCCCCUCCCAGAGCGAAACGAGCAGCAUCAAGUCCGAGUAUGCUGACCAGUGGGGUUACUACAGUGACUACACUGCGGCGGCAGAUGACCAGGUAAAGUCCCCGGUGACCCAUUCUGCCAGUACGUCGUCUGCUCUCAGUGAUUACAGCAUCAGCCACUUCAGCGAUGGCUCGAGGGCUUCUGUGCCACAAGUGCCCAGUGGACUGGCCAAACCAAAGAGCACUUCUCCGGAGAAAUCCCACCGAGUCACAUCACCAUCCAGUGGGUACUCUAGCCAGUCCAAUACGCCCACUGCGCUUACUCCAGUGCCUGUACUGUUAAAAUCCGCAUCAUCAGGAAAUGGGAAAUCCAAGCUGAAACCUAAAGUGCCUGAAAGGAAGUCCUCUCUUCUGUCUUCAGUCUCCAUUUCUUCAUCCUCCACUUCUCUUUCUUCAAAUACAUCUACUGAAGGGAGCAUGAGCGUGAAGAAAAUGGACCCCACCCCGAGCUCUCGUCUGGAUUCUGGUGCACCUCCUCCAACACCUCCUCUCCCAACACCUCCUCCACAUUGCCCUGAGCUUUCUCCUCCCUAUCCCCCUCCUCCUCCUCCAGCAGAAGUCAUGGAUCUAGCACUAUCACCAGCCUCUCCCACAUUUCCCCCUCCUCCGCCAGAAGCUGAUGCAAAUUCUUCCUUUGCCCACAGCGUCCAGUGGUUACCACAAGAAACUUCCAUCACUUCAUUCUCUUCCCCUUUUCCUCCUCCUACUACGUUCCCCUUAGCUGUCCCACCACCAGCACCACCUCUUGAUCCGAAGCUGACAAAGGGUGCAACGAUAUACCCACAGUAUUCUUUUAAGAAACGUAAUCAGGAAGAUCUUUGCUACAGCCCAGUGAAACAGCCCUUCAACAAGCAAGAUGCAUCAAGACCAGUGAUGCCCUUAGUAACUACCAAAGCAUUGCAAAUGGUGCAGCUGAGGUCUGUGAAAAAAGCAACAGAAGGUGAGCCAUCCCCCGAAUCUGCUUCUGAAACCACCUCUCAGGAAAAGGGUACUGUAAGCUCAUCAUCGCAGUCUUCCCUAAAGCCGUCUCUCUCCCUGAGACUCAGUAACAGCUUAGGUGAAGAGGAGAUGAAAACUCAUGGCACUUCAUUUAAAAACUCAGCCCAAACGCUGGCUCAGAGUUCUCCUCUGACUCUCUCUGACAACAUACCUGCACUUGACAGCGAUCAAAAAUCUGCAAGUACAGUAGGUCUAAGCAAGUCUAUCGAAGCUGUUUCAGUGGGGACAGCUACCGAAGACACGCCCGAGUCUCCAGUGCAGAGCAAAGACUUCCAUUCUGGCAUGUCACCUCAGGGGUCACCAGCAUCUCCAGACAAGACUCAGGUCGUAUUGCCAAACAAGAAACCACCUCCCAUUUCAAAGAAACCCAAACUGUUCCUCGUUGUACCACCUCCACAGUUAGAUCUUACAGUGGAGAAAAUAGCUGAAGUGAGUGAUACUGUCAGAGGCGCACCAAGCCCAACUAAGAGAGACGCUGUGCUUGCACACUGCGAGGAGGCGAGAAAUUGUCUUACAGAUGGACUCAGCUCUAGCGAGAUGGACUCUGGCAGCCUGGUUCCAGAGGGAGGAGCUGCCGGAGUCACCUUCUCCGAAACAGUGGGAGCUAGUGCCUUUGUGGCACAGCCUGCUGCAUCACCAGUUCAGGAAGAAGCCAGGCAGGAGGAGCAGCCUGCUUUUGACGAAGGAAGCAGUUCAGGCAGCAGCCAAGACAGUGGCAGUAACACUGACGGGCACCUAUCUCAAGAGAACGAAAGCGCCGAGGUGUUUGAGUCGGAUACAGCAAAUAGUUCCUUCCUGCCAAGCAGUAGUUAUGGGGAAGAGACGGACGGAGUGGCAACACCAGCGAGACCAAGGACUACUGAGGAUCUUUUUGCAGCCAUCCACAGAUCCAAAAGGAAAGUCCUUGGCCGUAAGGAUUCUGAAGACGAGCGCACCCGCAACCAUUCUCCAUCACCCCCCGUAACACCCACUGGUGCUUCCCCAACUUUGUCUACCCUCAAACAAGCAGGAUCCAUUCAGAGAAGCGUUCGCAAGAGCAGCACCAGCAAUGACAACUUCAAAGCCCUGCUGCUGAAGAAAGGGAGCCGCUGCGACACCAGCUCCCGCAUGUCAGCAGCAGAGAUGUUGAAGAACACGGACCCGCGGUUCCACCGAGCAAAGACAGACGCCUCCCCUGACCUUUCUGACAGCCCUGCCAGCUGCUCGCCCAGCAAGAGCAAACGGGCCCAGGAGGAGUGGGCCAAGAGCGAGGGCCUGAUGCCAAGGAGCAUGUCCUUUUCUGGCACUAGGUACGGCCGAUCGCGAACGCCCCCCUCCGCUGCCAGCAGCAAGUACAAUGUCCGCAACCGCAUCCAGAGCAGCCCCAUGACUGUGAUUAGCGAAGGAGAUGGGGAAGUGGUGGAGCAGUCAGAGGGCAGGGUCCGAAGGACUUUGGAAGAGCAGCAAGAGAGGCAGCUCGAUAUGUUUAACAGUGAUGAAAUAGACAUGAAUGACUUUCCAUAUGCCGAGGAGCCAGGCUGCAAGGAGACCUUGGAUCCAACCCAUCUAGACUUAAUGACUCAGCCAGGUACUUCGGGGAAGUAUCUAAGUCCUUCAGCUGAAGAAAGUUAAGAGGCUGUGACAGAAGGCAUUGGAUAUUUGUCUAGAAAAUGACAGAGGACUAGAUUCCAGAAGAAAGCCCAGAUCAGGACAAGUUUACUUCACGGAGCAUUUAUUCCAUGAACUGCAUGUGUGUGUUUAAAUGCCGAAGCAAUGAUAGUUCUGCAUGGUUGGGUUGGGGUGGGGAGGACUUGCUUUGAAUGAAUGGUCUGUGGCUUAAAGAAAGUAACAGCUGAAAUUUUUGUGUAAAGCCUUAGAAGUCCUCUUGCGGGGUGUGGGGAGGGAUUUUUCUCAGAGCCUGUAGGGGUGUGAAGUUUUUCUUUUUCUUGAGACUGCAAUUGUGCAAGCAAAAUUUAGGAAUAAGCCUGAAAAAGAGGAAUGGGAAGGCUUCUGUGGUACAAGCUGGACGUUUGCUUCAAAAGCAUUGCAUUGGUGCAGCGUAGUGCAUUCGUUAAGCAGAGAGGUAGGACGAGGUGCGUUGACCUGUGAGAGGGUAGUGGAGUUGGUGCUGGGGCUGCAGGGCUUCUUACUCGGGUACGUCCCAGUGUCGGAGCGUGUCCUGCUAAUGCAAAUAGGUCACCGGGUUAAGAGUUGCUCCAGGGUACUUUGUUUUUUCCUGAGGGAAAAUGAAACACGAGUUACCAUGGAAGAGGGAGCGAAGUUUUAUAACACAGUACUAGCUGCUGUGCAGCCACACACGUACACUUGGCGAAACACUCAUUUCCAGGUGAAUUGCUUCCCUGACCAGAGUAUUCCCUUAGAGAACUGGAACAACUGCACGUGUGCAGAGGUUGUGAGCAGACAACAGAGAAGUGGGAGAGAAAUUAAACUGUAUACUGCUGGGGUUUGGAAAGGUUACGUUUCUGAAUUAUAAAAAAAAAAUAAAUAAAAAUUGAGAACUUGCACUACAGAGCUGUAGGUGGAGCCUGUCUUUCAAAAUUGAAAUUUGGGAGUAACAUUUUGCUAGAAGUCUUUCUUCCAUUUGUCAGAAUGGAAGGGCUAUCACUUUUCAUCACUUGAAAUACAAAUACUUGCUAACUUUUGGUUACCAAAGAAUAAGUUACAGUUACUUUCCUUUUUGAU